AUUUUAGUUUCAGCUAAAUCAAGUUGCUUAUAUUUUAUUAACUAUUUAUUUUAACUAUUUUAAAAUUAUUAAUUAUAAAUAAUUUCUAUAGAAUUAUGWCUAAACUAAACAUUAUAUGUCUAACAACUAUACUAACAUUGUUUGUAAUAACAACAACAAUCAAUGCGGACACCAAUGACAAUAAUAAGGACGAACUAGUGUUGGCCAAAAAGUUUAAACUAGUGAUCCAAUUGUUGGCUCAUGUCUUAAACGAUGAUCAACAACAACGACCGCAACAGCAACCUCAAGAUGGUAGUGGUGGAGGAUUUGUCAGUAAAGAUAAAAAACUGAAAAAUGUUUUUAACGGUGCGUUUCAAGGAGUAUCAAGCAUAAUUAAUACCAAUCAAUGGCAACAUGAUGAUAAAACACUUGGAUCUUCACAAUCAUUACUCUGAUGGGUUGAUGAAACCAUUAAUUAAUUAAUUUUUAAAAAAAAUUAAAUUUAGUUAAAAAGUACAAUAUGUAUACAAA